AUAUUUAACAUAGACACACACAUACAUAUAGAAAGAUAACAUAGAGAGAGAUAAUUAUUUCUAUUGUAAGAAGAAUGAGUUCUGAGAUUGCCUUCAUAUUGUUCAUCAUUAAAAUCACACUAAUUCCAUUCAUUUGUGUCUUAUUGAUCAAGAAGAAAACAAACCUUCCUCCAGGCCCAAAGAAGCUUCCAAUCAUAGGCAACCUUCACCAGCUCGGAAAAUUGCCUCAUCGAACACUCCGAAACCUGUCCAAAAAGUAUGGCAAUCUCAUGUUCUUACAACUCGGGUUUGUGCCAACAAUAGUCAUCUCAUCCGCUGACGUGGCCCGAGAAGUCUUCAAGUCCCACGACCUGGUCUUCUCGGGCCGACCCUCUCUCUACGGUGCAAAAAAGAUCAGCUACGAUUUCGGCAGCAUCUCUUUCGCACCGUACGGAGAGUACUGGAGAGAGAUAAGAAAAUUAGUUGUUCUGGAGCUCAUGACAGCCAAAAGGGUCCAAUCUUUCGGCAACAUACGCGUCGAUGAGGUGGCACAAAUGAUGGACCGUAUUAUCUAUUCGCAAAAAAAUAAAAACCUCGUCGAUCUAAGUUCGCUGGCGUUUUUGCUUUCCAACAACGUUGUUUGUCGCGUGGCUUUAGGCACGAUGGGCUCCGUCGAUGAAAAUGGAAAUGGAAGUGUAUUCCAGGAUGUUCUUGGAGAGACGCAGCAUCUGGUGGGCGAGUUCAAUGUUGCGGAUUAUUUUCCAGGGCUGGCUUGGGUUAACAGGUUUAAUGGAGUGGACAAAAGGCUGGAGAAGAAUUUCCAGGCCCUGGAUAGAUUCCUGGACAGAGUAAUCCAGGAGCAUCUUGAUCCUGUCAGGAUUAAACCCGAUGUUGAAGAUAUUAUUGACGUGUUGCUUGGAAUUCAGAAGGAUUCGCGUCACACGUGGAUGGCUCUCAAUCACGAACACAUCAAGGGCGUUCUCCUCGUUGAUAUAUUUUCUGCCGGAACGGAUACUUCCGCCACCGCAAUCGAAUGGACAAUGACAGAACUGGUAAGAAACCCGACAGUGAAGCAAAAAGUCCAGCAAGAAGUGAGACAAGUUGCGAAAGGAAAGACGAAAGUAGAAGAAACCGAUCUCCCGAAACUCGCGUACCUAAAACUCGUCAUCAAAGAGUCGUUGCGACUUCAUCCACCGGCGCCUUUAAUGAUCCCGAGAGAAACCACGGAGAAAUGCACCAUUGACAACAAGUACGAAAUCCCGGCAAAAACCAGGGUUUUAUUCAACGCAUCCGCUAUUGGAAUGGAUCCCGAAUACUGGGAGAAUCCGGAAAGAUUCUGGCCCGACAGGUUUUUGAACAGACAGGUCGAUUUCAGGGGACAGCAUUUCGAGCUGUUGCCGUUUGGCGCUGGAAGAAGGGGCUGCCCUGGAAUUAAUUUUUCGAUGCCGCUUGUCGAGCUGGCGCUUGCGAAUCUUCUGUUUUGCUUUGAUUGGAAGCUUCCGGAAGGGAUGUCGGCGGAAGAUGUCGAUUUGGAAGAAGCGAUUGGGAUUACAAUGCAUAAGAAGAUUCCUCUUGUGUUAGUAACUUCAUCCAUGGAUUAGUAGGGUAAUUAAAAAGAAGUUUUGUAAUCUUGUGUAAUAUAAUUAGCAAACUUUAUGUUUUGCAUGUAUGUUUUGAACUUGUUUUUAAUUUUUAUUUGAUUA